CCCACCAUCCGAUCUCAAUUUUUCUCAGACAAUGAAGGAAACGAAUUCGAAGCUCGGGCUUUCCAUGAGGUCCCUUCACUUCGUUUGCAAACAGAGGACAAAACGUCAGCCACCACAGCCGCGGGUCUGCUUGAGCCUGCCCGUGCAUGUGGUUGUCAAAUCAAUGCGCCGAAGGAGGGUACAUCGUUGCGCACCAAUAGGACAAGGGCAGAUGGACGGCAAAGGAAGGGGAAAAGGGGUAUCAUUUGAGGGAGGCGUGGCGACCACCAAUAGGCGGCCAGGGGCGCCGAGACGGCAAGACGGAUGCCGCGCCGUCGCUGUGUGUCCCCGCCAAGUUGCACUACCAGGUACGGUCUUGGCUGUUGCCGCAAGUCGGGGAGGGCGACUCGCUCCUUCCCUGGUCUUGUCGAGUCUGAGCCAGCACUGGCCAGCCGCCAAUCCCGUCCUCUCAAAGCGCCCUCAGAGGAUCAUGGAGCGAUUCCCCUCGCUGUCGUGGUCCCCACAUAUCCCCUCCCCUGAGUUCGUAAUUAACCCUUCGGUUAGUUUUUCUCUGCACUCUUUUCUCCGCCCUUUCGAGUUCCAUUCUCUCCGCUCCUUUCGCUCGGCCUCUCUUCCUUCAUCGACGGGGUUUCCCAGUCAGCCACUCUUUUGCGUGUCUUUCUCUGCCUUUCUGUGCCCUUCGGGCUACCGGCGAGUCCAUUGGACGUUGAGCACGCGACGUUACGUCUUGCGUCUUGUGUACGAGGGCCACGAGCUUUCAUUGAUGUCGUGUGCCUUAUCCUGAUCUUUUCUUCCCUAUCUCUGAAGCCUGGGGCGAUCCGUCUUCGCUUCACCGUUGCAUCCUCCAGGCCUACCUGCGACUCGUCCAAAUACCACGGCACCAGACGGUUUGACAUAGCACUGUCGCCAACGUCAAGGCGAACGCACUCAUUAGCGGCCGCCACACCCCGACGCACGGCCCGACUCGGCCUCCGCUCGUCGGCGCAAAUAUUCCGUCAUGUUCGUGGCACCGCGGGGCCGCCGGCCUCUGACACUGGUGCUGGGUAUCUUCGCAUUCUUUGCCCUCGUGCUCUACUCGAGCGGAUCGCGUCCCUACUACACUCCGACCACCUUCGGAAGCCGCCCCUUGACCAAGGCACCCCUCCAACCAGCAGUCUCAUACGAACAUGACCGCCCCUCCAGCGAGCUAGUCCAGUUCUGGACCGAGGUCCUCGACGCCAUGCUGCAGCUGAAGCCCAAUGCGGCACCCAUCAAGAAGAUGGAGCUGCCGCCGCUCAAGUUCUUCACUCCUGAGGAGCUCAAGGCCGACGAGCCCUGGACGCGCUACGACGGCCUCGAGCUGUCCAGCCGCGACGUUGAGGGGAUCCGCAGCACCCAUGCCCAGUUUGUCGCCGUCUCCAAGCAGCUGGCGCCCCGGAUGCCCUACCGCAGACACUCGCGCGGCAUCGUCAUGACGGCGGGAGGCAAGUACAUCGGCAACGCCAUUCUCUCGCUGCUUAUGCUGCGCCGCACUGGCUCGACCCUCCCCGUGCAGCUCUUCCUCGACUCUCCCGACAAGUACGCCACCGAAAUGUGCGAUACCACCAUGGUCGAGCUCGACGUUGAGUGCCGCAGCAUGGAUGCCGUUUUCAAGACGACCCCGCAGCUGCCCAAGCUCAAGAAGUUUCAGUACAAGGUCUUCUCCAUCCUCUUCUCGUCCUUUGAGGACGUUCUGUUUCUUGAUGCCGAUGCCUUUCCCAUCCAUAACCCAGACCACCUGUUCGACGUCGAGCCAUUCAGGAGUAGGGGCAUGGUUACCUGGCCCGACUUCUGGGUUUCGACGUCCUCCAGGCACUUUUAUGACAUUGCCGGCAUCCCUGUCCCCCCGAUCGAGACGCGCCGUUCGUCCGAGUCGGGCGUCAUGCUGUAUAGUCGUCGCACGCAUGCCGAAAGCUUGCUCCUCUCGACGUACUACAACUUUUACGGACCCGACUACUACUACAAGCUCCUGUGUCAGGGUGCUCAUGGCGAGGGCGACAAGGAGACAUUCAUGCAUGCAGCCCUGGCACUGAACAAGCCCUUCUAUGACGUCAAGACCAAUAUGCAGUUUGGUGGCCGUUGGAUCAAUGGCUCCUAUGAGACGUCGGCCAUGAUGCAGGCAGACCCGAUGGAGGACUAUAGCCUCAACGCCCGCCUCACAGGCAUGGCCAAGAACGCCACCUUUCUGGGAAUAACCGAUGCACGCUACUUUUUCAUCCACCAAAACGUCAUCAAGCUCAACAUGAACAAGCUUAGGGAGUCGAUGGAGCCGGCCUGGAGGAAAGACGAGAAAGGCUAUCCCCAGCGCCUUUGGGGCGAUCAGUCGCGUCUCGCCGAGACUGCCGGGUUUGAUGUCGAGAAGGCCAUGUGGGAAGAGAUUAUCCAGGUCAACUGCCAUCAUUCAUUCCUUGCCGAGUGCAAUCAACUGAGGCGGUGGUACAAGCUUGUCUUCCCGGAUCCCAAUGCUAAGAAGAAGGGGGAUCAGGGAGACAAGAAGGAUGAGAAGGCGGGAAAGAAGGAAGAGGUCAAGGCAGAUGAGAAGAAGGAGGAGAACAAGGUUGAAGGAAAGACGGAGAGGAGGCGAAGGAGGAGUUCGGCCCGCUAACGACCAUGAACACUGCCAACCUCUCUUCUCUUUUGGGCAUUCGAAUUAUGCGAUGGGCUUUUUGGGGUGCGCGGUCAAGGAGGAGGUUUUCAGGGACGCGGCCUCGUCUUGAGUCUUUUGGUCCAGACCUCACCACGCCCGGUCGACUGUGGAAUACACCCAAGCGCUUUUAAAAGGGUCUGGACGGACCGGGAUUGGGAGGAAACAGGACGUCGCAAAGAAGCGGUUCUGCGAGAAAUAAUGAGUUAUAGGGACACGAUACCCAGGCAUUGCUGUCACGACGUGACGGCGAUAAACAAGCAUACAAGACUGCUGCUACUAGCAAGCAGCAUUUUCUAUUUAGGAAUUCAAGUGUAAAAUAUCCGUACCCCGUUUGCGGCCAAGAUUCAUGGUGCCACCAGUUCAAGACCUGCCACGCACAUGCAGCCUCC